AUGCAAAGCAAUCGAUCUCGAAAGCUGGGCCCAACUCUUAAACGUGGACCAGGUAUGGUAAAGAAUAGAACCUCCAGAGAAUCUCAAACGAGAACAUGUCAUGAUGAUGAUAAUGAUUAUAAUGAUACUGAAGCACCGUCAGUUACUAACAGUGAAGCUGACGCUAGUUCUACUGUGGCUCCUGGAACUACUUCAUCAGAUUAUUCAUCACCGUUAGACUAUUUCACAAAUAACCAUUUCUCUCGUUCUUUCAAUAGUUUGAUAUUAGAAGAUUUGACCACUCACGCAAAUCAACACUCCCAAAAUGGCCCUGUGAACCACCUCGAUGGAGUGGAUGAAGAAGAUCAGUUUAAUGCAACUCCCUUGAAACAUAAACACAAACAUAACUUGACACUGCUUCGACAGCCAUCAAAUCCUUACCUUGAUCUCAAUCGAAAAAAAAGACAACGUUUCAGUCUAAACAAAAGUCCACCCUUCAAUGUGAAAGAAGACUUAUUGUAUGAUGAUUCCAUCGAUACUUGCUUAGAAAAUGAAUCUGGUCCUGGUGACCGCAAUAGAAAUAAGUUGUUUGAAUUUGAAGCCAAUGAAACAUCACUACAUAAGUUAACAAAUGAUGACGAUGACGAAAUUAAUGACAACGAUGAUGAUGAUGAAGAUGAUGAUGAAGAUGAUGAUUUACCAACUUUACUUAUUAUUAAACCAAAGAAAUUGCAUAACCAUUCUCAAAUUGAGGAGAAUGAUGACGAGACCGAUAGUGACAUGGAAGAAGACGAAGAAGAAAUAAGUUGUCAGCAAAUACAAAAAGAAGAUAGAACAAAUUCUUUUUCAAAAACAGGACCACCUUCCACUAUCAAAAGAUCUUCCAAAUUCCUCAAUUUAUCAAUUGAAUCUGACUUAAAACGCAUGAAUAAAGAUAUUGAUCCAAUAAGUGAUUUGAAUGAAAUUGACAUGUUGAGUAGUUCAUCUAGAACAGCCACACCUUGUAUGAACAAAUUCAAGAGACCUCAUACCCUUGUCAGUCAAAGUCCGUCACCUUCCCCAAAGGUGGAAAACUCAGAUAAGUCUUCUACAAACUCACUAAUCAAAUUCUUUAGAGAAUCGCCCACUAAUCGGGCUCAUCAUUCGCAUACACCUUUGCAUAUUAGUCAUUCAAGAACAAAACUACAGCUCAUGGAAACAAAUCCUCAACUUAGGCAAAACACGAUAAUACCUGGAAUAGUUCAUCCAAGAGAUAAAGCCAUACAAACAUUGGCAUCCAAUAGUCACAAUAAUAGUUGGACUUCUCUUUCGACUCCAAAAUUGUCUUUGAAAAAGCUAAAAAGAACGACAUACUCACCUUUCAAUAAAUCUUCAAGCCCAAUUCCACCAUCAUUCAAUUUUUACGAUUUAGAUGAAGAUUCACCAUCAAAAUCUCGAAAAUCAACAAACAUAAUUGUUUUCCAUGAUAAACAAUCGAAAGGGAAGCAAUCUCGAACAGCUGAUAAUAAAGUUGAAAACUCGCCUACAUCACCAAAUCAAAAUUUUGAUUCCAAUUUGAAGUUUCCCAAGUCACGGCUGUUAAAGAAUUUACUUCAAUCGAAUGAAAAUCUCAAUAAAUUAACUUCAUCUGAACUCAUGGAUAAAAAACCACAAUUAGGGUUCGAUGAUAAGGAAAAUAAAAGCUAUAAAUUUGUAAAACCUUUACAGAUGGCUUUCAAAUCUACGGGUUUGGUUAAAAAGAACUCAUUGUCUAAGGAAAGUCGGAAACCACCACCUGAAACUCCCAUAAAAAAGAAUCCAUUGGUUUUAAUCAAUACCAAUAUUCCACCAACCAUAAUGAAAGGAGGUAAUCUGACAAAUGUGCCUAUUGGUUGUGUUCCCAGUGAUACAUUAGUACAAUCUAUGGAAACUGAUAUUGAUGACCAUGACCUGGAAGUGUCAAUUGAAUUUGGCAGAAAUCACUCAACAAAUAUUUCCAACCAGGAAGCAUCAUAUUUUGGUAUAACAAAUAGGUCAACUCAUCUGUUACUUUCCAGUAAUCAAGAACAUUCAGGCGUUGAUAUAAACUUGGAUUUGGACUUAAGCAUACCUGAAACACCAACAAAGAAAUCAAUACAUCAACACCAACCUCAGCCUCAACAAACGCAUAAACAAGUACGCUUGGAUCAGAAUACAGAAAGUUUUGAAACUUUUAAUCCAAACCAAAUUGCGAAAGAGUCGUCGGAAACAGUUUCAUCUCACUCGGAUAUGACUGAACACCACUCUUCGUCUUCGGCUCCAACUGUAACAACCUUGUUUCUUCCACCAAAUGGGAGAGUUGAUUCCGCUGUUAAUCAUUGCAAACCAAUUCAACUAUCAUCAAUUUCAACUGUGAAGAAGUCAUGGCUGAAUCCAAAAAGUUUGCCAACUUCUACUAACGUGAAAUCUCCCUUGAAUGGCUUGAUUACUACAAACUCCGGUUCAAACAGUUAUCCUGGUAGCUCAAAAACUAAGCUACAACAAAUGGAUUCCAAGUUUUAUUAUGAUGAACCUUGUACACCUACAAACUUGUUUGCUGCUAAGGCUGCUGCAAAUUCAAUUCCUCCAACAUCACAAGCAAUAAGCGGUCAACAUGAAAGAGCUUCAAAUUCUUCUUCUUUUGAGAAUAGGAAAGUUUACGACACGGCUUCUGGUGCCAUUGCAGAUACUAAUAAUAUGGAUGGGCAAUUUGAUGACAAUAUUUUAGGGAAUGGUGACAAUGAAGAUGCGACACUAACACAGAUGCUGAAUACUAGCCUUUCACGUAUUGAUGAUCAUUUAAUUAAAAAGUUUGGAAUGAAGAAUAUUAAAUUUAUUGGGAAUGGUGAGUUCAGUAUAGCAUAUGAAUGUCAAUUUCAAGAUCAAAAAUAUGCCAUUAAAAGAACGAAGAAGCCAGUUAUUGGUAAGUUAGAGCGUAAGGCUACUUUACGAGAAAUUGAGGCUUUAAGAGCCUUGACUAAUGUUGGAGAUAUUGAAGACAAUGAUAUUGAUGAUGAUGCAAACGCAGGUCGUGAAAAUUUAUUAUAUUUCAUUGAAGCUUGGGAGUUUAAUAAUUAUUUCUAUAUCAUGACUGAAUUUUGUGAUAAUGGAACAUUAUUUGAAUUUCUUGAAGAGAAUAAGCAUUAUAAGAUUGAUGAAUUCCGGAUUUGGAAGAUUUUAAUUGAGAUUUUGAAUGGAGUUCAAUUUAUUCAUCUGAAAAAUUAUUUGCAUUUAGAUUUGAAGCCUGCCAAUAUAUUUAUAACCUUUGAGGGGUCAUUAAAAAUUGGUGAUUUUGGGUUAACUACCAAGCUUCCCAUAUUAGAGAAAGAUUUUGAUCUCGAAGGUGAUAGAAGUUACAUUGCACCUGAAUUGAUCAACGAUAAGAUCUACACUCCAUUUGCUGAUAUCUUCAGUGUGGGGUUAAUUAUACUUGAAACGGCUGCGAAUAUAAUCUUACCUGAGAAUGGGACACCCUGGAGAAAGUUAAGAAGUGGAGAUUUAAGUGAUGCAGGUAAAUUAUCCAGUGAUAACAUUAGUGAAGCUUUGAAUAGGAAUAGUUCAUCUGUUACAUCAUAUGAUUCCAUUGAGCAUCAAUCGAGUCCAAAGGAAGACACUAGUACUACCAUUGAACAACUUAACAAUCAUCCAUCACCCAUUCAUCACACUCAGCAAACUAGACAUCAAUUAUUUCAAGCCAUUAGUCGUUCGGAACAACACCAACCUACGAGGAUAUCACCACACGAUGAUAAUUCUUAUCUUUUCAAUGCCGAUGCUAUGUCAUUAGAUAAGCUUGUCUCGAAGAUGUUGAAGCCUAAUCCGUUUGACCGACCUACAGCGAGAAUGAUCCUUGAUAUGCCUGAAUGUUUGAUCGUUGAUAAUAAGCGGAAGGCAGGAGCCACGAUAUUUGAAGGUGAACUUGGACCUGAAUGA